AAAAGUAACAUUAGGUUAGAGAAAAAAAUAAAAUACCCUUAUGUAUUUUCUAUGUAACUUUUAUGUACCAUAUUUUAUUAACUAUGUUUCGAGUAUGCUAUGAUCCCCGUAAUAUUUUUUUUAUUGGUAGAAACCCCGUAGUAUUUUAAUAUCAUAUAUUCAUAAGACAGUUGUGUGAUAUCGGACACCUUUUCUGAUACACAUUGAGAUUUGGCUGCCAAACCUUAAUAUUUAUCAGGAAAAACCCAAGUUGGGUAUGUGUAAUAUGUAAGCCAAACCUCAAUGUUUAUCAGAAAAGACCCAAGUUAGGUAUAUGUAAUAUAUUAAUCAAUUGACUAUUCAACCUCUCAAGUCUCAACAAUAGAUUCCCAGUUACUAUUACCAGAGCACAAAUUGCCCAUCAUCAAUGGAGCACCUGCCCUAAGAAGAAAGCUGGUUCUUCUUCCUUUCCUCAGCACACCACACCCCCAAAUCUUACUACACCACCGCCGAGUACUCAUGACUUUGAGAUACACUGUGACGGAUCGUUCUUUGGCGAUUCCCAGGAGGCGGCGUAUGGCGUCGUAGUGACGAAUAGCCAUGGUCAAGUUUGCAAUGGGAGAGCUGAGACUCUGCACUGUUUUUCCCCACUUGAAGCUGAAGCUAAAGCACUUUGGGAAGGUUUUCGCCUUGCUGCGGAGCUCUCAGCACCUUGCCUGGUGAGAACGGAUUGCCUUUCACUGAUCAAAGCUUUUCAACUUCCGACUGAAAUUUGGCCAUGGAGAGCAGCGGGUUGGAUCGACCGCAUCAAGAACCUCAGCAUGUCCCACCCCUGGGUCAAAUAUGACUUCAUCAACAGGCAACGCAACGCCAAAGCUAACUGGGUGGCUAGAUCGUGUGCUAAAAAAACUCUCCCUGUUGAAUGGAUUCAAAUUCUUGAUGUAAUCUCCCCACUCUUGUAAUGUCUGGCUUUAACCUCAAGUAAUGGAAUUUCGUUGCCCUUUGUCAAAAAAAAAAAAAAAAUCCCAUAAUCUGUCACUGCUACAACUAUAAUCAAAUAAUAAAAUUUAACAAUAAUAAUCAUUAAUUUAUUACUGUUAGCACAUACGUGUACAUCUUGGGUUCAUUUAUUUACUAUAAUGCUCCGUUUAACGUCUGCCGGCAAUAUGAUUGGUUAAUUGGCAUAUUAGGCGGCAGGCGUCAUGCAUAGAUGCUCACCGAGUCAAUGUUUACUGUUAUCUCGCCAAUGGAGGAGACCAGGAACAGGAAGAAAGAGGAUGAGGAGGAGUUCUCAAAUGGCCAUCACCACAAAGAAGAAGAUGAGGAGCCAGCAGUCAACUACAGAGGAAUUAAGGCUAUGCCUUACAUCAUUGGAAACGAGACGUUCGAGAAGCUGGGGACGGUGGGGUCGGCGUCGAACCUGAUAGUGUACUUGACCUCCGUCUUCAACCUGAGCAGCGUCUCCGCCACCACGCUCAUCAACGUCUUCAACGGAACCUGCAACUUGGCCACUCUCGUCGGCGCUUUCCUCUGCGACACUUACUUCGGCAGAUACAACUGCCUCGCCUUCGCUUCUGUGUCCUCCGUCUUGGGAAUGCUAGUUCUAAUGCUAACAGCCGCAAUCCCCGUCCUCCACCCACCAAAAUGCGUCCCCGGCCAACAAUGCUCCAAGCCAACCGCCGGCCAGUUCACCUUCCUAAUAAGCUCCUUCAUAUUCCUAGUCAUCGGCGCCGGCGGCAUCCGCCCAUGCAACCUAACCUUCGGCGCCGACCAAUUCAACCCGAAAACCGAAUCGGGCCGAAAAGGAACCAACAGCUUCUUCAACUGGUACUACUUCACCUACACCUUCGCCGUCAUGGUCUCCGUCACCGGCAUCGUCUACGUCCAAUCCGACGUCAGCUGGGCCAUCGGACUCGGAAUCCCAGCCUUCCUCAUGUUCCUCUCGUGUGCAGUAUUCUUCUGGGGCACGAAAAUGUACGUCGUCGUCAAACCUCAGGGCAGCCCGUUGACCAGCGUGGCUCGGGUCCUCGUCGCUGCUUCCAGAAAGCGAACCUUGAAAUCGCCUGAAAAUCCCCACGACGAACUCUUCAAGUAUUUGCCGGCCAAGUCAUUGAACUCCAAGCUAGGGCAUACCACGCAAUUCAAGUGUCUCGACAAAGCAGCAAUCGUCACGGGACGUGACGAGUUCAACCCCGAGGGCUCACCGAAACAACCGUGGAGGCUCUGCAGCGUGCAACAAGUCGAGGAAGUGAAAUGCGUGGUUAGAAUUAUACCCGUGUGGUCGACUGCCAUUGUGUUUCACAUCGCCAUAAUGCAACAGCAGACCUAUGGAGUCUUCCAAGCGUUGCAAUCCGACCGGCGGUUGUCGACCUCAGGGACGUUCCGUGUACCGGCGGCCACGUACAUCAUCUUCACCAUGCUGGCUCUGACCUUGUGGAUUCCGGUAUACGACCGGAUCAUCGUCCCUUACCUCGAAAAGAUCACCGGCAAGGAAGGCGGCAUCACGAUGCUUCAGCGCAUGGGGAUCGGUCUCAUCCUCGGCAUCUUUUGCAUGAUUGUAUCGGGGUUGGUGGAAGAGUACAGAAAGCACAUAGCAGCGACGAAGCCAGGGCUCGGGAUCGCUCCAAAGGGCGGCACGAUCUCAUCCAUGUCGGCGAUGUGGCUGGUCCCGCAGCUGGUGCUGACUGGACUGGCGGAAGGGUUCAACUACAUUGCGCAGGUCGAAUUUUUCUACAAGCAGUUCCCGGAGGGAAUGAGGAGCGUGGCUCAGGCGUGCUUCUUUGCCGGGAAUGCGCUGGCGAGUUAUCUUAGUGGGUUUUUGGUGUCUCUUGUUCAUCAUAUUACGAAAGGGAGCAGGCGUGGGGAUUGGUUGCCGGAUGAUUUGAAUGAAGGGAAGUUGGAUUACUUCUAUUUCAUGUUGGCUGGUUUAGGUGUACUGAAUUUGGGGUAUUUUCUGGUUUGUGCUCGGUGGUAUAAUUAUAAAGGGGAUGCAGGGGAGGUGGAGAUGAAUGGGAAGGAAGGCCAGACAAAUGUUCAUCUUGUUUAAGAUAAAAGGUAAAGGAUAUUACUUCAUAUUGUGCUUCAUUUAAAAAUAAUCAAGCAAUUGUCGGAGAGGGAGAGAAAACAUAUAGUAUAAACUUCUAUUUUAGACCUCUUCCAACGUUAAUUAAUUAAUUAUUAUUAAUUACUAACUAGUUUUUUGGCCCGCGCUUCGCGGCGGUAAGACUUUUGUAAUAUGUUUGUUUAAAUGAUACGUAAAAAUAAUUAUCACUCUAAAUUUUUUAUGUAAUUUAUUCAUAAUUUAUGAAACUUUUCAGAAUAGUGUUACUUAAAUUUUCCGUACUGUGUGGUCUAAUAAUAAAAUCAAAUUAAAAAAAUCACAUUUGAUUAAAUUAUAAUGUAAAAGUUGGCUUAUCUUAUGGAUUUGCGUAAUGCAAAUUAAUGACAUAGUAUAAUGAAAAUUCAAAUUAGUA